GAAUGGAUCUCAAUCAUGAUGAGGAUUCUCAACCUGUGAGCCCAACUGGCCAAUACUUCAACAGCUCCGUGCUAUCCAUUUGUGUUAUUGGAGUUUUAGAGUUUGAAAUUCCAAUACAGGAAGAUGACUCCUUAACCGUGAAAUUAGUUCAGGAUGUCUUCCUCCCCAUCAAUCCACGAUUUUCUUCCAUCAUGGUUCAAGAUGAAAAAGGGGUGAAAUAUUGGAAGAAGGUUGAAGUCAAACCAAAAGACCACAUUCGUGUGCCAAAUUUUCCAGAGGGAAAGUCAGUAGAGUUCUAUGAUGAAUGCUUCAAUGACUAUUUAACCAAAUUGGCAAUGGAGACACUCCCACAAAGCCAACCAUUAUGGGAAAUUCACAUCAUUAAGUACCCUACAAAAAAUGCAGCCGGAAAUGUUGUCUUCAAACUUCACCAUGCUUUAGGUGAUGGCUUCUCCAUUAUGGGGGCACUUCUUUCUUGUUUACAACGAGCUGAUGACCCUUCACUUCCCAUUACUUUUCCUGCAUUUCGGACGAAUCCACAAGAUAUUAGUAUUGAGGAUAGCAGCAUUUGCAGAAGGGUGCCUCGAAUUCUUUCUGGGAUUGGAAAUACAAUAUCAGAUUUUGUAUGGGGUGUAUUGAAAAGCACUGUUCUUGAAGAUGACCGGACUCCAAUUAGGUCGGGCGACGAUGGGGUGGAAUUUCGACCGAUUAGUAUAACAACAUUUUCAUUUUCCAUGGACCAAAUCAAGCAGAUUAAGGUCAAUCUUGAAGUGUCCAUCAAUGAUGUAAUAUGUGGAGUAAUAUUUCUGGGUGCUCGACUGUACAUGCAAGCGAUGAACCCAGAGAAGACCAAUGCAAGUUCAACUGCAUUGGUGCUGCUGAAUACUAGAAAUAUUGCUGGCUACAAGUCUAUUGAGGAAAUGGUGGAACCAAACACUGAAUCAACGUGGGGAAACCAGUUCGGAUUUUUGCAUGUUUCGGUGCCAAGGUUUACCGAAAAGGAUUCCUCAAAUCCCCUCAAUUUUGUCUUUAAAACCCAGAAAACCAUCAAAAGUAAAAGAGAUUCUGCAGCCGUUUAUCUAACUGGUCAGCUGCUAGAGACGCUGCGGAGACACAGGGGCCCCGAGGGAACAGCUAAGUACGUCCACAGUACUCUGAAGAACUCGAGCAUGACAAUAUCGAAUAUUUCCGGGCCAGUGGAUCAAUUGGCUUUGGCUAAUCACCCAGCUAAGGGAAUGUAUUUCAUGGUUGUUGGCGUUCCACAGAGCCUUACCAUAACCAUGGUAAGUUACAUGAGAGAGCUAAGGGUUGCAGUAGGAACAGAAAAGGGUUUGAUUCAUCCUCAGAAGUUCCAAUCCUGCAUUGAAGAUGCCUUCAUUAUAAUGUUCAAAGCUGCUGCCGAGUCCAAGUCUGGAUCUGCUACACCGACACAAAUUAAUUAAUUGUUGAAGAUCACGAACAUGAACAUUACACUGUCAUCAUCAAUUCAUUUCACCUAUCACAAAAAUACAAGCCAUCAAUUCAUUUCAUAGACUUUCUCAUAUGAAAUGUUCUAAAAUUUUGUUACAACUUCCGGAGAUGUCAUGGGAACUUCUUCGACCCUUCUGUU